AUGGCAGAUUUCUGGUGGAAGAACUCAAAAGAAUCUAAAGGGAUGCAAUGGAAAAGUUGGAAGUAUCACUGUAAACCAAAGAGAGAAGGAGGUUUGAGCUUUAAGGAUAUGGAGAAGUUUCAUUUGGCUCUGCUUGGAAAACAGGUCUGGCGACUUCUCACUAAACCUGAUACUCUAGUAGCACAUAUGUUCAAAGCUCGAUACUUCCAACAUACCACUAUUCUGAAUGCCAAUCUGGGAGCUAGACCUUCUUAUGCGUGGAGAAGCCUGCAUGCUGCGACAAAGUUGAUUAGGUUGGGAGCACGAGCAGUGAUUGGUAAUGGAGAGAAUACUUCCUUAUGGGAGGACCCUUGGAUUGAAGAAAAGCCAGCCAAGUCUCUUGUCUCCUCGCGGUUGGUGCAUAGUCACCAACAAAAUACUUUGCCGGGCUGCUCUAGAGUGAAAGACUUCCUUGCACCUGAUGGAAGAGAAUGGAACAUAAAGUUGUUGAGACUUGUGCUGUCUGAGGAGGACAUGAGGAAAAUUCAAACUAUAAGACCAUGA